UUUGAUCUGUAAGGCCAAUUCUUUCGUAUUUACCUGAUCGAUCGAAAGGCGUAAACGACGAACUGAAUUUUACAUUUGAGUGAAAUGUUUUCACACGUUUGGUAGUUAUUUACACGGGACGAAGUAGCGGAUGGCGAUGUUUUAUACUUGUUUGCGUUGUAACCUGGUGAAGUUUCAGUAUGUUCUUGACACGAAAGAAAGCGUUUAACGCAAGUGGUCAAAAGUCACGUUCGAAUUCACUGACACAUCGGUUGCAAGUGACAUUGUCACAGCUUCCGAGUACAAAAUUCGUCUUAGUUCAUCGAUGUGUUCUAAUCCCAUGAUUAAAAUCAAUUAAGUUUACUCGAAUACGUAAUGGACGAGAAAACAUUUGAAACCAUAUAUACGCGUUGAAUAUAAUUACAAUCCAAAUAAGUCCGUCUGAAAAAGGAAUUCUUACAGUGAUAAAGUAAAUCGAUCGUCAAAAAAUAUUUCAUCGCGGAUGCAAUAGUGAUAUUAUUUCAAGCUGUCGCUUACGUGUUGGAAAUUUUUCAAUAUUGUCUAUCCGUAAUCAAAUGUUCCAAGCAAAAGUAUUACAGCUGAUUUUAAUUACCUCGGUUCUAUCAACCAGUCAACAUUUCUCCCCGGAAACUGAUCAUUGUUAUGCCCGGAAUGAAAAUCGGUACGUGAAAAUGGGCACAAAAACUGCCUACCACUUUAUUCACGGUGGUGAAAGAGGAUAUAAAACGAUACCAAAAUGCAAGCCUGUAAUGAUAUGGAUGAUGAUCAGGCACGGAACGCGAUAUCCGGUUCAGACGGAAAUCAAUCAAAUGAAAUCUCUCUCGAUGCUGCAAACUCAGAUAAUUUACAAUCACGAAAUACUACGAUCCGGUCAUUUGUGCCCGGAGGAUCUGGAGAAUCUGAAGCGUUGGCGACUCAGCGAGUUCAUCACGUAUGAAAAUUCCGAACUAGUCAAUGAUCAGGGAUUCAAGGACAUGAAUGAAUUUGGCAAACGUAUCGGUAAUAAUUUUCCAGCAUUAUUUCCACCCUCGGUAACCGAAAUUAGUGAAAGAAUUUACAAGUUCCGUAGGGCAAGUGGAACACGAAUGAUUACCAGCCUGAAGGCAUUUAUGGGUGGACUUUUAGGCAGAGACGAUAUCCCGGAAGAACAACUUGAAGCCAACAGCAGGUUGUGGACGGGUUAUUCUCAGUGUCCGAGAUGGGAAACGGAAGUGGCAAACAACCCGGAACAUCUCACCGAGAUAACAAAGUUUUCGAAUGGUUCAGAGUAUCGGAACAUGAUAUCAAGCGUCAGCGCACGACUUGGAUUUCCUCACGAUAUCAACAAAAGAAUUAUUUACCACAUGUGGACCAUGUGCAGUUACGACAUGGCGUUGAACGUCACCAAGUUGUCACCUUGGUGCGCCGUUUUUACCGACGAGGAAAUGAGGGUCUUCGAAUACAGGGACACCUUGGUCGACUACUACAAGCGAGGAAACGCUCACGAAUACAACGUCCGAUUGGGCUGCCCGCCUCUGCGAGACAUGGUCGAUAGUUUCCGAAAAAUCGAAGGCAACGACGAUAGCUACUCGAUGGAGCCGAGAGGUGUUUUCAACGUCGGGAGAUCGAGAAGCUACCAUUUGUUCAUGGCUGCUUUAGGCAUCGCCAAUGAUUCCUCGCCUCUACUAGCGAGCGAUUUCAAGCUUAGGAAAAAAUACCUCUGGAACACGACCGAAAUUGGAUCGUUCGGCGCCAAUAUCGCGGCCGUAUUUUACAAAUGCAACGACUCGGCAUCGCCUAACAAAGUCAAGUUCUACCAGACUGAAAAGCCCGUCGACUACCCGGGAUGCGUGGACGGUUUGUGCGACUGGGAGUACUUGAAGAGUAAAUUUCGAAAGCAGCUGUUGGAGUGCGACAACGUAGACUUCUGUUACAAAACUUUGACCGAACCAUCACCGGUUAAUUCGCUACCAGUGGCAAAGUUUGUGCUUAUAUCUUCUGUACUGAUUCUCAUAAUUUUCCGAAAACGGCAUAUGGUAAGAAUGUCCAAGAAAUUUCUAGUUUCGUGCAAUAGGUGCAGAAAUACGAGCCUGAUAUAAUGGUAAAGAAAUAAAACCAUGCCGUGUCAGCUAGGAUAAUUUUUACGU